AUGGCACAGCAUCCAGACAAACUCAAGUGGAAAGACGCCCAUCCGCACGGACUCUCAGCAUCCCAGUUCGGGAUGGCGCUAGGGUUCUGCGGUCGCAUCUCGGACUAUGUGCACUACCUUCGCGACAUCGUGGGCACUGAGCACGAGUUCAAGGGAAACGCCUUUACAGCGCACGGCAUCCGCACAGAGCCCAAGGCCCGCACCUUGUAUGAGCUUCUUACCGGCUGCCGCGUCCACGACGGCGGCUUCUUUGUAACGAGCGACCGCAUCUUUGGCUGCUCACCUGACGGGCAAAUCUACCACCACGUUGGUGAGCGGCCCAUCGAGCAACAAGGUCGACUGUCUACAUCGGACCUGGAAAGUCGCUACCAGAGCUGCAGCGCCGGCUUCGGUGUCAGCAACGAUGCCAGCAUGAGAGAGCUGCAGCGCCGAAGCAGCAGGUGCUCUGUGCACGUGCCCUUCAAGAGCAAGCGGCGACCUCGUUCCCCAUUUUCUGCGGUGUCUGGCCGCAGCUUGCACAGCUCUGGUGCCCUUGCUUGCCACGACGAAGAACGGACCAGCUGCAAAUCUGCCAGCACUCGCUGUUCCACGAAUGAGAGAUCUGCUACUGCUCUAACGGAGAGUCCUGCAACCAUUGAUGGGAUGCACUCCAGAUCGUUGAGGCCGUCUUCGCAUCACAAGGUCCGGCUGCUGGAGAUCAAAUCCCCAUUUAGAGCGCUGUACGACUCCACCAAGUCCGGCUCCCAGCCCUUCGGCAUCCCAAUGCACUACAUGUGCCAAAUACAAGGCCAGCUCGCCAUCGCCGACUGUGAGGAGUGCGACUUCUUUGUCUACCUCGACUAUCCUGUGUGUCAGGUGGAGGCGUGGCGCGUGCGCCGCUCGCGUGCCUUCUGGGCGUGGGCAGAGCCAAACCUGCGCUGCGUGUCGAACUGGGUGAAGGAUGGGCCGCCGGACUGGCUGAAUCGGUCGUUUGCCUUCACCGACUUCGACUUCCGCACCAUUGAGGUGGUGCCGCUCGUUUUUCCAUUUGACAUAACGGCGAGUGCGGCACUCACAAACCCGUGCUCUUUCGCCUUUUUCACGCAGUUUGAAAACCCCUUUGAGGCCCUUGACCGACACCACGGGGCCCGUGGCAAUGACAACGCGCAGGUGCAAGCGCAGGACUGGUGCUUCGCCUACGCAGGGUCGACCUGGGCGGACAUAACCGAGUACGAGCGCAUCGCUGUUACGGCACAGACGCCUGCGGUGCGGCGACUCUUUGCGCCCGCCGAAGCAGGCGCAGAUGACAAAGAAGGCCUCGAAACGACGGUGGAGCUAUGGAGUCGCCUGUCAUCGUGGCGGCAAGCGCUGGAGGCGGAGGGCGUGUUUGAGGAGAGCGCGACGGCGGUGUUUUGGAAAGAGUGGACACGCACGGCCACGGCCGGGCGCGAUCCGGUUGUAAAGGUUACGCUCAGCGUGCCGUAUGACUGGGAUACCGGACGAGUAGGAGCGCGGUGCAGCUUGCCGUCACUUCCUCGUACACAGGGCGAUGCGCUGGACUCAUGGUAUGACACGGCCUACAUCCACUUCCACCAGCGUCUCUUCUUUGCGUCCUUGCUAGGUGACGACGUGGCCGAUCCGUGUGAGCAAGCAACGCUCGUGACGUCACCGGGAGCGGCGAAGCCGCCGCCGUGCGACACCCUGCUGAACCUGAUUCCCGUCUUCUCCGAGUCGGUAGCUUCGUCGUCGAAGGGAGUAGUGUCGGAGUGCCCGGCAAGUGGCCCGGCAGCGAUGUGCGCUCAGGUAUCUACUCCUGCCUCUUCCUUCGCUAACACGGUGACACCGUCUCGCCGAGAGGCAUCCUCCUACGGGACACCAUCCUCGUCUGUGGUGUGCCUCUCGCCGAGAGAGUGCUCCCCAUCGCAGCAGAGCGUCGUCGCGGCAGUUUCGGAGCAUCUCUGCCACUGUCUGUCGCCGCCCCAGCGCCGACUUGACAGACACGCAGAGGAGCGCAACCCUGACGAGCUUUCUGCACUUGCUUCGGUUGCUGUCGCCGCAGCUCACCGCGCCGCAGCGCCGCAGCGCGCAUCUCUCUCGGUGCCGGAGCUGGCCGCCGCCCCGGCCUUUCUGCCGUUGAAGCGGCCGUGUCUUCUGUGCGAGAUAUCGGUGCAGGAACUACUGGAUGUUAUUCGGUUCGCGCAUGACUGCGAGGGCGUCGUUCUCGUCGCCAACUCCCAGGGGCCCCUCCGCUACUACGAAAAACUACGCGACUUGAGGCCUCCCUCGAAGAGUGGCGCUGCGGACGGGACAUGGUCGCCGACUGGGUCUACGCUUCUGGUUGGAGAGAGCGCGGUGAUGCAGCAGCUUCUCCAUACCAGCGCGAAGGCAUCGUUCGGGCGAUCAUCCGCAGUGAGUCCGCUUCAGCUUGUAUGGGAUCAAGUGAGCGCACGCACGCGUCCUGCUUCUCUCGUUCCUUGCUUUGUGGAGUCCACCGUGGGCUCGUCCUCUAAUUUGCGCGAUACAGUUGAGCACCUUCGAAUCACCCCGUGCUUUCUCGUGCGUGCUGCCGCGGAUGCCACCAGUGUGCUGAGACAGACCAAAGACCUUGUCCAAGAGUGGGGUAGGGUUGCCUGCCGUCGCCGGCGUGUCGACGAUGGAAAGAGCAAGCCGUUGUAG